AUGCCUCUUGCGGUCUUACUACCCCGCAGUAUUGUCACUUCAGUAGUCUUCCGCUCAUGUCACCUUCUUUCCCACCUGUUUUUGUGUAGCUAUGAAACGGAUCAGACUGCUAAAGAGCUUUUUGAACAAGCACACUUCGUCGUCGAAUUACGCACGCCCCCACCAUCGUUCAUACGAUGCGUCCCCCCGAUGUCAGAUCACGCGGCGCCUGUCGCAACGGACGGAAUUGCGACUUGCACUUUUUUUGGCAGCGCCAACUAUUCCGCCUCAGCUGCGUCCCUUGUCUUCUCCGCUCCACCUCGAUUACGACGUUCAUCACGGUUACACGGCACCUUUUCCGAUCGCAGAUUUGAACUCACCUCUGUACAGCUGCAAGCGGUGGGUACCGCACUGCCUUCGGCGCGAUCUCCACGCACAAGCGCAGAGAAACUGCACUGUGGAGCAGCUGCAUUGGUGUUCCACUGGGAUCUCGAAUCCAUCAUUGCUGUCAUACUUUCGCAAAAUGAAAAGAAAGAAAUGUCGGAGACUUCAUGCACUCACGUGGACGUGGCUUCUCAAUUUCAGUUGCUUCAAAUUUUGAUGUCACUUAUUCAUCCAUGGGGACGGGAUACUUGUGCUGAUGACGCGUUACGCGAUUGCUGUGGCUUUGUGAAACCACAAAUAGAAGAAGUGGAG